AUGUCCUUACAUGUACUCCUAACCUCCCUCUUUGGGACUCUGGCACUCGUGGAGGCGGUUGCUUUUCCCGAUAAUGCUCCUGCGAAAGUCAUCAACAGAGACGUUGUCAUUCUUGGCGGAGGUGCCUCUGGUGCUCACGCCGCUGUAAGACUUCGUGAGGACUUCAACAAAAGUAUCGUGGUGGUUGAGAAACAGAACCGUAUUGGAGGUCAUGUUGCGACUUUCGUUGACCCUGGGACGGGUAACCCUUUUGACUACGGCGUCAACUCUUACACAGAUUACACCAGCGCCCGCGAGUUUGUUGGACGUUUGAGCAUUCCCAUUAUGACACCAGUCCGUUUAUCUUUGACUACUACUUACGCCGACUUUGAUACGGGGAGGUUAACAAAUCAUUCACUCCCAUCCGCUGCAGAAACAACGACAGCCCUCAAGGUCUAUCUCGAACUCUGUGAAAAGUAUGAGGACAUUGUUCUUCCCUCGUACGACAGGUUCCCUAACGCCAGCAUCCCCGAGGAUCUCACCAUGAAGUUUAUCGACUUUGCCAAAAAAUACAAAAUUGAAGCAGCUGCUCCAAGGAUAUUCCAGGUCACGGGACUCGGUAUGAGAGAUUUCCCAAACCAAUCGACCCUGUAUGUCAUGGAAACAUUCGGCGCGCCAAUUACGCGGUCAUUCUUGGGGAUAGUCGGGUCCUUUGUACCUGCUUCCAAGAGAAACCAAGACAUAUAUGAUGCGAUUGCUGGGAUUUUGGGCGAAGAUGUUCUCUACUCUUCGACGAUUGUCAAGACUUCUCGUGAUAGCAACGGCGUCGAAGUUCUUGUCAAAGAUGCGAACAAUGUCCCUCUCCUCAUCCGGGCGAAGAAACUUCUUCUAUCUUUCGAACCCACCCUUGAGAAUUUGAAAAACAUAGACGUUGAUGGAGAGGAGGGUUCCGUUUUCAAGAAAUGGAAAUGGUCUACUGUUUAUGCUGGUGUCGUAUCUCAUCCUUCCCUAACAGACAGCUAUUCCUACACAAACAGCGCUCCCUCCAGAUGGCUUUCGCUUCCUGAGCUUCCGUAUGUUGGCCGGUUUGAUUUUCUUGGAGAUAGAAAUUAUCGUGUCCUUGUCACAGGUGAUGAGACGCUCAACAGCCACGGGGCUCAGCAAUUGGUAGAAAGGUCACUCGAACGGCUUUCAGAAGCCGGCACUAUCCCGAACAUUACUCAAAGCCGUAUCGAGUUCAAGGCGUGGGCUGACCACGGUGCAAUGCAGCUUCACGUAUCAAAUGAGGAUCUAAGAGCCGGCUUUUUUACCCAGCUGUACUCGCUGCAGGGUCGAAGGAGUACUUAUUUUACGGGCGGUGCGUGGUCUGCGCAGUUCACGACUAUUUUGUGGGAAUACAACAAUCAGUUCGUCCUGCCAAAGUUACUGGCUGAGCUGUAA